AUGGAAGGAAAUCAAUUUGUUCCUCUCGACGGACCACUCGUCACUGUCACUCGGGAGAUGCGUCAACAAUUCCAAUUAUGGAAGGAGCAGGUCACCAAUCUAAUGUUCCUCUAUGAGGGAACUGUACGCCAGGAAGGCACUUACAACAAUAAUCGUCGAUUUCUUGAAUCGUUGAAUCGCCGUGUUGUCGAGUUUGUAGUCAUGAUUGACAACACUAUCCAAGAGCAGACAACUCAACUCUAUCUCGAUCUUAUCCGUGUUCGCUACUACGAGCUCUUCUCUGACUUCAGCGAUCUCGCUGAUGAGGACUCUGGAACUGAGCACGACUAA